ACAUACAUGAAAUCUUCUUCUCCAUUUAAGCUCUACGAAACCCAGAAUGUGCGGCACGGAAUGAUGACUCUUGGACCCUCAGGUUCGGGCAAGUCCAAGUGUGUGACCCUUCUGCUGCGUGCCCUCACGGAGAUCGACGAACCUCACAAGGAGGUCCGAAUGAACCCGAAGGCCAUCACUGCUCCACAAAUGUUUGGCCGUCUGGAUGUGGCCACUAACGACUGGACAGAUGGUAUAUUCUCCACUCUUUGGCGACGCACGGUGAAAAUGAAGAAGGGUGAGCACUGCUGGAUCAUCCUCGAUGGACCCGUGGACGCUAUCUGGAUUGAGAACUUGAAUUCUGUUCUGGACGACAACAAGACGCUCACGCUGGCAAAUGGUGACCGUAUACCUAUGUCACCGCGUUGCAAGAUCCUCUUCGAAGUGGAUAACGUGGACAACGCCUCCCCGGCCACGAUAUCUCGAAAUGGAAUUGUCUACAUUAGCAGCGGUGCUCUCAACUGGGAACCGUUAUUUAAGACCUGGAUGAAGAAAAGACCUCAGUCGGAUGCGGACAAACUAUUCGAUAUGGCCAAUCAGGUCUUUCCGAAACUGAUCAAAUUUGUGUUGCAGGAGUUGCCUGUGGAUAUGCGUUUUCUUGAGGCCUUCUACGUGACUCAGUUCGGUCGAGUGUUUGAUGCCGUUGCGCCUUCUCUCGAUACACUGCCGCCUGCAGGCCUUGAGAGGCUAUUUGUAUUCUCUCUCACCUGGUCGUUCGGCGCGCUUUUGGAUCUCGAUGGACGUGAACGUCUUGAUCACUUCCUCCGAAAGUCCGGCUUUAAAAUAAACCUACCUCCCGAUCGUAUUCUUGAUGCAAAGAAGACCAUAUUUGAUUUUAGACCCGACAAAACUCUAGGCCUCUGGGAGUUCUGGGGUGAUGCGGUCCCGGCUUACGACUAUCCGAAAAGCGGUGAAGUGGAGUUUGAAAAGGUGCUCGUCCCCAAUCAGGAAAAUGUGGUAACCGAGUACCUGGUGGGUAGCCUGGCAAAACUCGGAAGGUCAAUACUCCUAUUUGGCGAGCCAGGGACAGCGAAAACUGCAAUAAUUAACAAACACCUUUCCGGCUUCCAUCCGGAGACCCAGAUAGCUCGCAUCUAUAACUUUUCUUCUGUAACGACGCCAGCUUCUUUCCAGGUAAGUCAUGUGUCUUUUUUCCACUAA